AUGGCUACCAAAAGGCCUAGGUCCAUUGAGAUCGAUGAGGACAAAGUACCUCCCCGUAUUCCUAUUCCACGUGGCUUGGGGGCUGGUCCAAAUCGUCCAGGAUUCAUGCCACUACGCUUGUUGAUCUUGAUCGAUAUGAUCAAAAAGGCAUUUGCACCACCUGUGGAGAAAUAUCACAACAUUGACUACUUUGCUGGCAAGUGCGCCAUCAGCAAGGCUUUCAAGGCAAAGGGUUAUGGUGCUUUGGAUAUUAUACUGAAUCCUCUUGAUGACAUCAAUUCACCAGUUGGUUUCAUUCGCCACCUGUACGCUGCUUGUCACAUAGCCCGUGGAGGCUUGGGGUGCAUGGGCAUCGUUUGUUCCACCUGGGUGGCCAUAAACAGAGGCACGAGUGGAAGAACUGCUGAAGAUCCAUUGGGACGAACGUGGUAUCCAUCAGUUGCACGAGCAAACCUGAUGCUAGUGCGAGCAGUUCUUAUCAUCCACACCAUCCUCUACCACCAGGGCCACUGGAUGUUGGAAAAUCCACUCUCCAGCAUUAUCGACUUGGCUCCACGGUUGGCGACCUUGAUGCAGCACCGUGUUGCGCACCAAACCAUGACUUGGUUGGGCAUGUAUGGCGGGACAACUCAGAAACCGGUGAAACUGUUUUCGAGCGACAAGUUUGUUCACCGCUUGUACAGGAAGCUGGAGCGUUCUCGCUUUCCAAAAUCCAAUACGACUAUCAAAUAUCGCAAUGCCCGUGGAGAAUGGAAAUUCAAAGGGUCUGAUCAAUUGAAGGUAUCUCAAGUCUAUCCACCAAAAUUUGGGCAGGCUGUGGCUACGGAGUGGGAUACCUGGGCUGUGCAGUACCCCAAGAACCGCAAAGUCAUCGAUUACUCGAAUGACUUAUGGAAUGAUGCAAAAUUGGAUGAGGUUGAAGCCUGGUUGGAAAACCACCUGGCAAAUCGCGCAAACAAGCGCCGUGUAGAUCUUUGGGAGGUGGAGGGCUAA